GUUGACCAGUCGUCAGCGGCUUGGUACAGAGCGCCAACCGAGCCCGUCGUUACAUCGAACAAGCUUGUCUCUUGAUCCGACAGACAUUCCAAAAUCACGGAACAACCCAAUUUGCAUAGGAAGUGCGCAAUCUACUCUAGACAAGAGGCGUUGUGGAGUACAUCCUUUUCAUGCGGACCCAAACCAGGGUUUCAACCGCCCCAGACACGGCAUGGGAUUGGUGGGAAUGACUUGCCCUUUCCAGAAGUCCCGGUUCUACGUCCGGCUCACACGUUACGUACUCCAGGCCAAAGCGCCGCACGGCAUCAAUCAUCGCGGGGCCCCGCACGGCAGGAUGGGAGAUCGGCAUGGACACCGCUCGGGAGAUGGGAUUAGGCUAAAGGAAGGGGGAGCUCUUGACUGGGACGACGACACCACGGAGGAGGAUGGUGAUGAAAGGGGCAAGGGCAAGGUGCAACGGCGAAAAAGAAGCUCAUACGAUUGUCUCAAGUCUGUUGUAGCUAGACCAUCGGAGAUAGACCUCCUUGUUGGGCCCCAUGACCAAGUCCUGGGGUCAAGUAUAAAGAUCCAGUUUCUUCCCAACUUUGAACUCGACGCUUUCACCUCACCACCAGUCCUAUCAUCCUCAAGUCAAGAAACUUAUUUCAAAAUGGUCUCCUUCAAGUCCCUCCUCACAGCCACCCUGGCUACCGGCGCCGCUGCCGUCCCCUUCAACGCCACCGAGGUCUUUGAAUCCCUCCAGGCCCGGGCUGGGACACCCUCCUCCACCGGCAAUCACAACGGUUACUACUACUCGUUCUGGACCGACAACGGCGGCACCGUCAACUAUCAAAACGGCAACGGUGGCUCCUACUCGGUCAACUGGCAAAACUGCGGCAACUUUGUCGGUGGCAAGGGAUGGAACCCGGGCAACUCCAACCGCGUGAUCAACUACUCUGGACAAUUCAACCCCCAGGGCAACGGCUACCUCGCCAUCUACGGCUGGACGCGCAACCCUCUGAUCGAGUACUACAUCAUUGAGAGCUUCGGCACCUACGACCCCAGCUCGGGGGCGACCAGGCUGGGCACCUUCAACACUGACGGCGGUACCUACACCAUUGCCAAGAGCACGCGGUACAACCAGCCCAGCAUUGAGGGGACCAAGACGUUUGAUCAGUUUUGGAGCGUGAGGACUUCGAAGAGGGUUGGUGGGAGUGUCAAUGUUGGGAACCACUUCAAGGCGUGGGCGGAUAAGGGGUUGAGGUUGGGGAGUCAUGAUUACCAGAUUGUGGCUACUGAGGGGUAUCAGAGUUCGGGGUCGGCUUCGAUCACUGUUUCUUAG